AUUGGUGGGUUCGAAUAGCAAAAGCACAAACGCCUCGUAGUCCAGGAGACGAUCGCCUGGCGACAGUCAAGUUUUCCAGAAGGAAAAGCCACGCGAUCUGAUGCAAAAUCGUCAGCGUUCCCCGCGAAGAUUCUUGUUUCGACAGCGCGCUUGAAUGAAGAAGUGAAUCAUCUGUGAUUUGCUGUCAUGGCUGUCCAGACUGGCAUCCAGGUAUGGUUUGGAGAAAAGUUUGACGCCCCCGUGCUGAGCCCGCGGAGCCCCCGCAGCCCGUUGGCGCAGCGGCACGGCCCCGGACUGGCCGACGUCUUCCAGUACGACCAGUGGCUGGCGGUGCGGCACGAAGCCACCCUGGUGCCCAUGCAGGAGGAUCUCGCCAUCUGGCUCACGGGCAUGCUGGGAGAGGAAGUGAGGGCCGAGUUCUUCAUGGAAGAGCUGAACAACGGCGUGAAGCUCUGCCAGCUUAUCGGCGUCCUGCAGAGCAAGAUCGCCCGGGGUUGCCCCUCCGCACUUGGCAAGCUCUUCCCCACGAGGAAGGUCACCUGUAAGCGCGACGCGUCGCCGGGUUCCUUCUUCGCUCGCGACAACACUGCCAACUUCCUGUCAUGGUGCCGGCACAUCGGCGUGGAGGAGACGUACCUCUUUGAGUCCGAGGGUCUCGUGCUGCACAAGGAGCCCAGACAGGUCUGCCUCUGCCUGCUGCAAAUCGGACGCAUCGUCUCCAAGUACGGCGUGGAGCCCCCCGUGCUGGUGAAACUGGAGAAGGAGAUCGAGCUGGAGGAGACCCUGCUGCUGACCGAGGAGCCCCCUCCGGCGGUCCAGACCUUCAGUGUGUGCUGCCAGCACGGCGGACUCUACCAGUCCGGGGAGCACGGCGUGGACGACCUGCCCUGCAACUGCUCCAACAGGGUGUCCAUUGAGUACCUGUCAGAGGGUCGCUACCGACUCGGGGACAAGACCAUCUUUAUUCGGAUGCUCCACGGCAAACAUGUGAUGGUGCGCGUCGGGGGCGGCUGGGACACGCUGCGCGGCUUCCUCUCCAAGUACGACCCCCUGCGCGUGCUUCAGUUCACCACCCUGGAGCAGAAGAUCCUCGCCUUCCAGAAGGGACCGCCCGGCUUGGGGGGUCACCACGGCAACGCGGCCCCGCCCCCCGAGAUGGACCCGCUGGCGGCCGUCGACGACCUCAUCUCCUCCUCGUCGUCGUCGUCGUCCUCGUCUGCCUCAUCGUCUUCCUCCUCCGGCUCGGUCGGCAAGACGUUACCGCCCGGCCCGGGUCAGACGUGUCGCUCCUACACGGCCUCGCCCGCCAGCACGCCCACGCUGCCCAGGAAAGGGGCGGGUGCGGCGCCAAAGAAGAACCUUCAGAUAACGGCGCCCGUCCCCAGGAAGCCCACCCAGCUGCCCUUGCCUAUUACCACCAAAGCCUCCUCCUCCUCGUCUUCUCUGCCCACUACACCUGUGGGGGGCUCCAAGCAGCCCCCCAGUCAGGUCCAGGUCCAGCGCAGAGCUGUGACACCCCAAGCAGAGUCCGUCACUGCGUCCAAACUGAGGCUUAGACCGCCCACUCGGGUCCCCGCUUCUCAGCCGAGGAGUCCGGUUUGCCCCGAGCCUUCUUCAAAAUGCCCCAAACCGUCCAGUCCGACCGCCGCCCCCGUGCCUCGCCCCGCCACCGCCCCAAAAGACGCCCGACCCCCAACGGGCGCCAGCCAGCGACCCCGGCUCGCGCAGCGUCGCCCCGGCUCCCCCGCGUCGCGCCUCCGGCUAGAGACUGCGAGGAGGAUCCGCGCGACGGCACGCGCCGCGGCGACGCCCGCGGUGGAAUCUCGCGAGGUUAAGCCGAGUUCGCGGGCGGCCUCUCCGGCUUUGCCAAAAGCCGUCUCCCUUCUGCCCGUUAAAGACCCCGCAGCCAAAGCCAAGGGCCCGCCCACGACCAGGGUCCCCACCCCUGUCCAACGAGGUCCCCCUUGGCGACUCCCUGGAAGCAACAUGGCUCCCUCGGCCAACACCAAACCCAACCCGAAAGAAACCACCACAGCACAGAAGCCAGUCCAGAAACCACCUACUUCCACUACGGCGGACAAACCCGUGGCAACCCGUGUCGCCACCUACCAGAAAACCGCUGUGGAGGUCAAGGCCAAGACAGAACCCAGCAGGAAGAUCCCUCAGUACAGGGGCAACCACCAAGACCCUUAUUUUGAAAUGAACUGUCGGAGGAGGCAGAAGACGUGAUUGGGGGUGAGGGAGAAACAAAAAAAUCAGCACUUCUUUGCUUUUUAAAAAAAAAAAAAAAAAACCUAAUCCUAAUUGAAACAUAUCUACUGCAAUUUUUUUUUUUUUUUUUUUAUAGCAGGCGUGUCAGAACUUUAUUUUUAUUUCAAAGGGUCGCUCGAAUCGCUUUCGAACACGCCGCCAAAGACCAGCUGCGAAAUAUAGUUUGGACUCUCCUCUUUUGCGCGAAACGUAACCGUUUUUCUAUCCGAACUACUCGCGAUGUUUACAUUUUUUUUUUUUCCCCACACGCAACAGUCGCGACGCGUUGAGAUAAUUUGUCCAAAGCGAAGUUCAGAAGGAGGGAGAAGUCUACCAAAGUCGUGUGUGGUGGAAAAAGGCAGUCGCGGACACAACCGGAACUCAAACGCUUUUCUUUCCUCUACUCGUACCUUGGCGCCUCUGUCGUCUGCCUUCAUCACAAAUCAGAGGGAGUGGCAUUAGAAUGUAUUGCAUGAUGGUGGUUGGAUUAUUACUAUUAUAAUUUUUGAAAUCAAACUUGCACAGUGUCGACGCACACUUUAUAAGGAGGAAAAGGUUACAGAUAAACUACUGAUCAAACAACGCUUUUAUUAUUAUUGUUAUUUUGCUUUUACCAGGCCUUGCCGUAACUUUUAGUGCACAUUCAAAAGAUUUUUAUGUUUUCUAACGUGGGUGUGUGUGUGUUGUCUUGAAAUUCUACUUUUCAAAGUGGUGUUUGUGUACGUUCAUUCGUAGAAUCUUGACGAGAUAUUUACAAGGCUUCCCCCCCCCCCCGUUUAGCACUUUACAGAAACCUAUCUUUGAAACACUCUGAAUGUUGAUUGUGUCUCUUUUCCCAGAUACUUUUUAUUGUAGUUUUUGAUUAAAUUAAUUAAAAUCCUAUUGGCUCCAAUUAAAUUGCGUAUUAUGUGACUGUUUUGCGAUUGUGUGCAUUUUUAUUCUUUGUUUAACUUAGUCCAAUUUCUACAAACUUCUCAUACAUGCAAUAUGAAGUUCAGUAUAAAAUUCACGUUCAUUUUUUUUUGUCAUUUGGUUUAUUUUCAAGCCCUUUAUUGCAAAUUUAAUCACGAAAGUGCAGUCGG